CCCGUAUCGGUGUCGACGACCCAAAUCCAAUCUCUUCAGCCGGACCGGAGGCGAGCAGCGAGCGACGACGGGCGACGGGCAUGCUCUCCGCCGCCGCCUCCACCAUCCCCAGGCUCCGCCUCGCGGCGCAGCCGCGGUCGAGGCUCCCUUCGUCUGGGUCCCACUGGCUACGGCCCUUCUCCUCCGCCACCCAUGUAACGACGCCUGCUGCGGCGGCGGGGGCGGGGUCGCUGGAGCCGCCGGACUUGCCCCGCCUCGCCAACGCCGCGCGCAUCUCGCUCUCCCGGCAGGAGGCCGAGGAGUUCGAGCCUAAGAUUCGGCAGGUCGUCGAUUGGUUUGGGCAGCUCCAGGUGGUUGAUCUUGAGUCCAUUGAACCUUCACUUAGAGCUGGUACAGCGGCUGGUAGUUCUUUGAGGGAAGAUAAGCCAGAAACAUUUGUUAACAGAGAUGCCAUAGUAGAGGCCAUUCCAAGCUAUGAUGAUCCAUACAUCAAAGUGCCAAGAGUGCUGAACAAAGAAUGAUUUGUAGGCUGUAUAUCAACAUUGUUAGAAUGUUAAAAACGCUGAGCCAUUUGUACAACGCAGCAUUGUUUAACGAAACGAUGAAAGCUGCAAAAGAUUGAACAGAGCAAUCAGCAAGCUGAGUUGAUUUCGUGGCAUUUCAAUUUGGUAACUUUGUGAUUGUGGUGCUUGGGACA